ACCUUGAACUAGGACCAAGCUUUCGACUUCUUCUGAAGACAGUGAAGUUUUGUUUAGUCUUGGACUUGGGUUCACCGUUCGUCAAGUCCAGUACCUGGAGAAAGUACUUUGGGACAAUCUUUCUGGAUUUUCUGGAGGACGGCACAGGAGGGAUGAUUUUGCGGCUUCCAGUAUUUCUGAGAGAUGUUUGGCCACAAACGGAACACUGAUUCGAAACAAGCUGUUGAGAAGUUCUUAGAUUCUAAGAAAGAGUCGAUUCGCAGGCUUCGAUACCUCCUGAGUGCAGUCGAUCGCCAGACGACGAAAGCUAACAAAGCUUUGUUUGAACAGUACUACUACGUGGUGUACCAGGUGUUCCACGAUGCAUUCACAGUCCUUGAGAAUAGCAUCAAGAGCAGAGGCGGCCGACUCCGAGUUCAGCACGACUCGACGCAUCAGGAGUUCUUCGAGGUGGUAGUUCCAGUCCUGGAGAAAAUCCUAAUUUUCUUGCCAAACUUGGUGUAUCGUAGAUGGCAGAGCACCAGCAUUGGUGUUGUGCUAUCAAAGUUUCUCCAUCAUGGCAGUGCGCCCAAGAUCCGCAAGGCCGGCAUGAACCUGCUGAUGCUGUGGGUGCAGGGGCUGCGCGAGAACGUGACGCCGUUCGCCGAGCACCUGUUCGCGUCCGUGGUGCCCGGCAUUGUGCCCGUGUCCGAGCGCAGGUCCAGCGGCGUGCCGUGGGAUGGAGCUGAGAACUCUUGGAUUUCUGGCCCGGAUGUCACAACCUCCGCCCCGGAUCUGCAAGGCUCUGACACAGUGACUGACGUCGCUACAGUAGCGAUGCUGGAGGACUUCCUAGAAAGCCUGACUUCACAGUGCGUAUCGACCAUCUGGGAUACAGACGCGGCGCCGCACAACGGGUUUGAUCUGCUCUUCCAUUUGUUCAAGAAGCACUAUCUCUUUGCGCUGUUCAAGGAGGCCCGCCUGCACAAUGGGCCGUUUGACGGCGGAAAGAGCAUGUUCAAGUGUCCCAAGCCGUCCCUUCUCAAGCCCGAGCAGAAGAACGUCCGGGUGACGGGUCGCGUGGUCGACGCCAUCGCGCGCUGGAUGAUGAAGUGGAUGACGAGCACGCAGGCGCACGCGCCGCCCUGCUCGCCGGUACACCCGUUCCAGCCCGACCGUCCGCCGCCACCGGACCGUUCGUCGCAGCCGGGCAGCCUGGACAUGGACAGUCCGGGCGAGGCGGCCAAGGCGCAGUUGGCCAGCGAGGAACUCUCUGCGCUGGUCACCGACGUGCUGUACGAGUCGCACGAGAACGUGGUGCUCAUCCACGAAGUGUUGCGCUGUGUAUUCUUCCUUCCAGCCAGGUUUCACUACGAGACUCAGGAGAUGGUCAUCGAGAUGAUCCACCAGUGGGCAAAGGCUGCACCGAACACUCGGCCGUUAUUCAUGCAGGACGCGGCGGCCAGCCCAGUCCCUCCCUCUCCACAAAUGUCUAUCAACCGACAUGUAACACGCCCGCGGUCCACCAGCGACGCUCUGCUCGCCAUUAAGUCCGUCAAGCUUGCCCGCUCGCACUCGUUUGGCGUGCGUGCCGGUUUCGUCAGCAACAUGCUGGUGUUCAUCACGGAGACCAGCCAGGUACUGGUUGCCACGGUGAAGGGUGAUGGCACGGGCAUGGACGAGCAGGAGCAGGCGUGUCAGAAAGUCAUUGAGUUCUACCGCGCGCUGGCCUUCCACGUCACCAUGACUUCAGACAUAUGGGUGCAUUUACACGCCACAUUACUCCACGCCACCAAUCACGUCCUCCAGCACAUGGGUCAGUCACCGUUACAGGAGCAGAUCGCACCGGCCAUGCUGAACACCCUGCUCCAGCUGAUGGUCAACGCAAGCCUGGCUGUUGUCACGCCGAUUCAAAUGUGGAACAGGACGCUGGAGUUGCUCAGCCAUCAGUCACGACACUUCGUCGUUAUUCAACAGUGGGCUAUUGCUAUGAACAUGUUGACAGACAUCAUGGCUCAGCAGGUGUUCAACAUGCAGCUUAAGGCCGUCACCCACAAUCGACGGCCGUCGCACAGGACCGCACGCUCCACCAACGGCGGCGGGAACAGCGGCGGGAACAGCGGAAGCCUGAAGAGCGCGGCGCGCCAGCAGCAGCAGCACUCGCAGCACGGCGGCAGCACAUCGUUGCAACACCAGGCCGAGGUGGACGCUGACAGCUCGGACCUGGCUGCGCCGGGAGCCAGCGUCACCGACUCGCCCCACAUUGGCACCGGGCCCAACGGUCGAUUGCAGCAGCGAGCUACAGUGCAGCGCAACACGUCACUGCAGGUACGCUCCACCGUCGAUGCUCUCUCGAAUGCGUCGUCGUCAUCGUUCGACGGCCACUCCGGCAGUGGUCGCCCGUCGUCGUUGGCGUCCAUUUCGGAUCCCGGUCUGGCCACGGAAGACAGCGCAGCGCCGUCUAGCCUUGCUUCAUCCCAUCCGUCGUCGGCCAACACAAACACUGCAAACAGACGCGAUUUGCCCCUUAGCCUGGACAGUCCUACCAGUCGGAAAGCCCAUGCCCGGCCUACACUGACCAGCACCGCUUCUAAGGAUCGUUCACUGACCUUGCCUAAUGUGGGCAGUCAGCUGUUAGAAGAAGAACCGAUCACAGGAACUAUGCAUCCAGAUUCCAAGCAAGGUCGCGAGGACGGAAUAGAGGUAGUCCUGGGCGGACGGCAGCGUGGCUGGACGCCCGUUUCGGCGGCGGUGCUCUGGAGACGCAUGCUGGGCCUGCUCGGAAAUCCAAACUUGUUUGCAGACCCGUCGCUGCACGACGACGCACUGCGAUGCCUUGGCAUCAUUCUGGACAUUCUCUUCAAGCUGCACAACUGUGAAGGUGAACCGGUAAAGCCAGACCUUCCUCUGGAAUACGACCCGCCACUACUGGUCUUUGCACCCUGGUGCUUCCAGGCUUGCGACCUUCCAGACAAAUACCUGGCCGGCAAGCUGCGUGCAUAUGAGCUACUCUGCCGUAUGACCAUCGUGCGGCACGACCACACUGUCUCUGAACAGCAUCUGUCACAUUUCUACCGAACACUCUACAAGGCAUUCACCUCUGAAAAUUUGGAUGUGGUGGACUGCGUGGUUCGCCACUGCAAGCGUAUGUUCACCUACUGCUUGCCCGGCUCUUCUUGCCUGAUCAACGCCCUGCUGAACGUGGCGGCCAGCAUCCUGAAGGUUUCUGAGCCCCCCAUCAGCGAGCUGUCGAAAAAGCUCUCCAACAACGGCGAGCAGCAGGCGCCGGCAAGCAGCCGAGCUCGACCUGAAACUGACGUUCUGAGCGCGCUUGGUGCUCUCUUGCAAGUGGAGUACCUCUUCCCGCACUUGCCUGUUAAUAUGCUUGGAUCAAGUGAGCCGGAGACUACGUUUACGCAGAUCAAGGAUCGCAUCAUCAAGCUCCUGCUCAAGGUGGCACGCUUCCAAACUGGACCACUGACACAGAGUGCAAGAUGUCUUUCCAUCUCGAUGGUGGGCAUGUACGUCUUCAGCGAGCUGGUCCAUCGUCGGCGUGGCAACAGUCGCUGUGCCGAGGGCAUCUACACACUCCUGUGUGCCAUUGGAAAUACCAACUCAGAGGUGGUGUUAUCGGCCAUUGAGAUGUUGUUUCUGCUGACCGACUAUAAACCGGGUCUGCCAGAGAACAUGGUGAAGAAGAUUGUUGAGUCGCUCUGCUCGUGCGCCUCGUUUGUCAUCACCGAGGACUUUGCCGGUCCGGCACCGCCGGCCAAGGCCAGGGAGACGGUGCUGGUACGCAUGCUGCAGUGCAUGGUCAAGUGGACCAUGGGACUGGAGUCGUCCAAGCUACUGGCGCAGGAACUGCCCACCUCUGGUCAGAACCUGCUCAACCGUGUGUUCCAGAUCUUGCACAAUGCCUGCGGGCGAAUAAAACCGCAGGACGUGUUGAAGCCACGCCGGCCGUCGACCGUGUCUGAUCCGAACGGCUCACUGGACUCUCCGUCAUCGCCAAUGACACAUGGCAAUGAGUCACAUGUAAGCUCUGUGACAGUCAACCUCGCUGCACGAGCGGCUCUGGAGCACCUUAUAGCGUUCCUGGAUCAUUAUCCGUUCUGCGCCGGCGCAGCUAGGCCGUGCAGUACCGUAAUAGAGUGUGAUGACCACACUCGGUACAAGAACGCCACCGACCUGGCGCCCAAUCUGUUCACAGCACCCAAUGUCCAGUUCUUUGCCUAUGAUAGCUCCACCAUCAUAUCUGUGUCGGAGAUCGAGCCGGAUAGUGGCCAAACUCCCGAGGAGCUGCAGGUUGGCGGCAUGAUGACACGACUAAUUGUCCGCAACCUGUCCGGCAAAUGGACGUGGGAUGCACGCAGCCUUCAUGGUAUUGCAACGGAGACAUAUCCAGGCCUGUGUGAAUCUCUGGAUCCUAAUCACAACUUGAUGAGUGACGCGCACACGCCAGUGACGGCCGACUACCCGUCGGCGUUUGCCUUCGACGGUCCCCAUGGCGCCGAGUCGCAUGACGCGGACGACGUGUCUCAGCAGCAGCAGAGGCAGCACCGGCCCUCCGCCGUUCCGUCGGCGACGUCCUUCACCGCCACCGAUGGAGAUCACUUCCAUGAGCUGUUGGAAUACAUAGCUACUACAAGUGCCGAGUGCUUGUCUUUGGCUGACACCUGCCUCUCCGUGCCUACGGCUUGCGACGAUAUCUACGACUCGGCGGUGGAGGCGCAGCUCGUCAAGUCCAUUGACCUGCAGCACACGGUGGAACAGAACUACUUGCGACAUCGCCAGGGAUGUAUGACAGCUGCAGCGUGUACGCCAGCGCAGUCACAUCAGCCAACCAGUGUCUUCCACAACAGUCGCUAUCUCCUGCAGCAUCUCGGCUUCCUGGGCGUUGACAAGAUGAAAUCGCUCAAGAUGCUGAACAAAAACGACAAACUUCGGCGCGAGCUGAAGCAUCUGGAUUCGCGUCCCUUCCGGGAAACACACAAGAUCGGCGUCGUUUACGUCGGGCCCGGCCAAGCCGAGAAGACGGCCAUCCUGUCCAACACGAAGGGCAGUGCCCAGUUUGAGGCCUUCGUCGCCGCUAUCUCUUGGGAGGUCGACCUGGCCGCUCACCCAGGGUUCAUGGGUGGUCUGCAGCGGAAUGCCACCACUGGCAGCACUGCGCCAUACUACGCCACCAGCAUGUGUGAGGUGCUAUUCCAUGUCUCAACACGCAUGCCGACCCUGGAGGAAAAGGGAAUCAUCAACAAGCUUCGACAUAUCGGCAACGACGAGGUUCAGAUCAUCUGGAGCGAGCACAGUCGCGACUGGCGGCGCGACAUCAUCCGCACCGAGUUUGGUGACGUCAUGAUUAUCCUGUACCCGAUGAAGAGCGGCCUGUGCCGUGUGCAGAUCCUCACCAAGCCUGGAGGAAAGCUGCCUCAUUUUGGUCCGCUCUUUGACGGUGCUGUCGUGGAUAUAGCUUCACUACCCGCACUCGUCCGGGCCACGGCCAUCAACGCAAAUCGUGCCAAGCGGUCAGAGCUGCCAUUCUUCCAGCAACACUACGAAGAGCGGGCCACGUAUAUCGCCAACCUGAGCCGCAACUGCACUAAGAACAUUACCAUGGAGGAGUUCUUUGCCGACAUGGUGCGGCCCGGCACGCCCGAUGACUUCUCGCCGGCCCACUGCCGCCAGCCGGACGUCUGGCGCAACGAGCGCCAGCACCGCACCAGCCCACUGAUGAGCCGCACCGCCCUGGCAUCCAGACCUGUGCUGCAGAAAAGCAGUAACGUGCAGCAGCCGAGCACACUCAGUAUUGAUCCUGUGCCUACACCGACCACCGCUGAAGAGGCUGCUGGCGAGGAGGUAUUCUCCUGAUGAGGUAUUUGCCUGAUGAGGUAUUUGCCUGAGGCUGUAUUCGCCUGAUGAGGUAUUUGCCUGAGGCUGUAUUUGCCUGAUGAGGUAUUUGCCUGAGGCUGUAUUUGCCUGAUGAGGUAUUCUCCCGAUGAGGUAUUUCCCUGAGGGAGUAUUCUCCUGAUCAACAACUUUAUAUUUUCUACACCACUAGCCGGCAUGCCAAACGUUUGCAUCCAAAGGUCCCACUGUCCUCGUUUCUGUCCUACCGUUAUCCGAUCACAUUUUAUAUCCAAAUUUAUCGAUUCUUCCGCAGUUCAUAUUCUUUAUUCAAAUCGUUGUCAACCCGCAUGCCGCACUGCUUGCGGUUCGUACUUCGGUACAUAUUUUCAGAACAUGCUCAACCGAGCCA